UGAGCGCCGGAGGUUCGCCUGCCGUGUCUCAGGCUGCCUUUGUUAUGUGGGUUAAUCAGAGGAUGGUAGCACCUCCAGCUGCCCAUGCAUGCCGGCGGUCAUGCGGACACACUGCGCUGUGCUGACGAGGGGAACGCCCCAGUGGGACGGUCCCGGUGCUUAACGGCAGCCUGCCGCAUUAUGCAGGAAUGCCGUGGCCCAUUAACACAUCCUGCAGUCUGGCUGUGCAGCCAGCAGGGCCUGGGGGCUCCCCUGUACUCGCAGACCAUGCAUAAACUCGCUGUAAUGCCAUCUGCCAGAAAUGCAGCUCAGGGCCAGAUGAGACUCAAGUACUGUAUCUGUUGGAGCUCUGCAGCAGGCUUGUUGGGAAUUUCAGAGUGGGUGCAUAACCCACCUCUCAGGAGACUCAUCUUGGGAAUCGUACAAAUGGGUCUGGGGCAAUGAGACCACUGCUCCAUUACAACGUUGUUUUCCAAAUGCGUUAUGUGCAUAAGACAUGCUGUUGUGUGAGAGAUCUACUUACAGACCGAGACCAUCCUCGCAAUCUGUAAUUAACCUAUCAAUCCUCAGGGAAGAAAAUGCAUAAGUACUUCCAGAGUAUAUAUGUAUUCUAUAUGCGAUGGGUUGUCGCUCCAUCCUAGGUUGUUCCCUGUCUUGCGCCUGUAGUCUCAGGGAUAUGCUCAGGACCCUGAAUAGAACGAGCAGUUACAGAAAAUUGAUGAAUGGAUUUUUAUUCUACCACUACUUGUGCUAUUUAAAUAUUAAUUCGAAACCCAAUUUCGCCUACAGAUUGUGUGUUACAAUGCAUUUUCUUUGGGGGGGGGGGGUAAAUUUAAGAACUGGUCAGAAGUUAGUGUCAGCGGUGGGUUAAAUAGCUCGCUGACAACGACGCUGUAACAGCACAUAAAUGCCGAGACCCAUGGGUUUAUAAUCUUUUACAACUGGCGUCUCUUCUCUUGCAAAUGAGUUCAUUCCUAAUGGUCCAGAUAUAGCUUAAUUGGGGUUAUUAAGACGGCAGCUGAAUGUCAAUGGGUGGGAGUCGAUGCGUUUAGGGCGCCUUAUUAUGUAGGCACAUUGUACGUGUCUGCGGGGGUGCGAAUGGUUAAGACUGAGCGGCGAACAAAACGGGGGGAGGGGAAUGGGCCAGGAGAAUUCAAAUUUAAAAUAGCAAAAACUGGUCAUUGUCAGAGCAGACCUGUAACCAUAUAACUGCCGCGCCAGGCAACCGACCUGCAUCAAACUGCGCUGCCGGAGUCUCGGAGGCACGAUCGCAAAGCACAAGUUUUUAUAGGAAUAAACACGAAGGACCACCGGGUCAUGCGACCGCAAAACUUUACCGCCAUGGCCGCGCGCUGCUGCCCUUGGGUGGUCUUCAUAUUGUGCAUAAGUUGGAACAGAGGAGGCCAGUGUCUGCCAAUGCCGCACACGCCCGCGCUGCUCCCUGCCAGCGAAAGGGACAUCGCGCUCGGGACGUGGCGCCGAGAAAGCAUGGAGAUGCAGCGGGAACACUGCGCGCUUUUGGCGGCGCCCUGGAAGGAGACCCGAGGCGGCGGGGACCGCGGAUAUCAGUACCGUCUCAGGGUCCUCUCCCUACCGGAGGAGGGACCGCGUCGCGCAGUCUUCCCUGAACAGACGCUGUUCGGCUUCGUCAGGCGGGUUUACCGGUGCUGUCAGAUGGGAUUCCUCUGCCGGAGCAUCAAGGGCAUUCAGGGCCAGCUGAGUGGGGACUCUGAGGUGGAGUUUUUGCUCAGUCCUGACGUCUUGUCAGCGACGGUGACGAGAGCAGAGGUACACCUGCACAUCUCCAAUCCGCUGCACCUCAGAGUGGAGCCACGGCUGGCGACACACAAGCGUCCCACACGAUACCGCGUCUGGCCAGGGCACGGCAAGCUGGAGUUCAUGCUCGACCUGCUCUUCCUGUUCCAGGGCCUUCAAGAGGCCAUCGGUGGACCUCGGGGGGGGUCCAGCCUGGUAGACUUCCGCAGAGUGGGGGGCCUGGCGAGGCAGAGCGGGGCAGGACUCAGGGUGGGGCAGGUUGGCCCCUCUCCUCAGGAGACGGACGCUGGUUUGUGGGAGGGCCCCCUGCCUUGGGCCCUGGAGCUCGGCCUGGUGUUGCAGUGCACCAGAGAGGGGGGAGGGGAAGCCGUGCCCUGCGAAAACAAUGGAGUGCACCUCCUUCACACACCUUUCUUUGCCAUAUCCUACCAGUAGGGGGUGUCCCUGCCACCCCCCCCCCCCAUCUGCCCCCUAAGCCUUAGCAGCCCAGCACACUGUGCUGUGUGAAGAGCUGCCUCCACUCACCCUGCCGACCAGGGUCACAGAAGGGCUAUCAGCUAAAGGGGGCGGGACAAUGAAUCCCCUAUCAGGGAGUGUGCUGCCCUCUGUGGCUGCUGCUGGUGUAACCUUCCCGAUAUUUCGAUAUGCCUGGACGCUCUGCACUUCCUCUCAUAGCUGAAUGUGUUAAGUUAUAUUUAAUGUUGUUGUUUUCCCAGUGCUUUAACUGGAAAUUGUAAAUCAUGUAUAUAAUCUGGAUAAUUUUAUAUCAACUCUACUCUUGUAUAACUUUUAUUAAAAAGAGAAAUUAAA